UCCCAACAACCCCUCAAACAUCAAAUAGCCUGACAAGAAACAAAGCAAAACGAGAGCAAAAAAACAAAACAAAACAAAAAACAACGCAAGAAGAAAAGUUGCAAAAAACGACGAGCUACUUUUUUUCACAUCCAAAUAAUGUCUCGUAGACCCUCGCACCACUUCCGAGCGCCAUCGAUGAACAUUGAACAUCGUUUAGGCCAAAGAGGUUGUAAAUAGAACUAUCAUGUACUAAUAUAUCCUCUUUGGUUUAGGCUCAUUGCGCAAAGCUCGUCGUAUCAAUUCACUGCACACUAUUUUUUAAACUAAGGCAUGAUUGUUUUUAUAUACCAUGAAAACCUUUUUAUUCAUCCCUCUGAACAAAACGGAAGUUUUACAAAGUGAAAAAAUAUUGACAUUGGAAUAACAUGAUGAUUUGGGGCCGUGGUGUGUGAAGGAUGGGAUGCUGUGCGGCCAAGUCGGGGCAUUGGCCUCCGACACUUCCGGUGAACCAUGUGACCCCGAUGACCUCUGAAGAGGUGAAGACGAUGCAGACCGUUUGGGAAUGGGUUGGGAACGAAGACGAUCAGAGUUUGUUGGCUAUGAAGGCCUUGAAAAAAACAUUUGUACAGCAUCCUUCCGCCUUUGAGCUAUUUUCCUGCCAAGAAAAAUUUUCUCCGGAGAGAGACGAUUUGCCGCCCGAACUGCAGAAACAAGUGAUGGAUCAAGCUAGAAGAAUCAUAACCGCUUUGGAAAAGAUCAUCUCUGUGCUUGACGACGAGACGGCAAUGAACGCCGUCCUCUCGAAGAUAAAGACACAUCACGAACAUAUCGCGGGACUCAAGAUGAUUUACUUUCAGGGCCAGGCAGCUGAAGGAGUCAAUCCGGGUGACAAUGACGCGCUUCUUCAGCAACAACCAAGUGAUGGAGAACCGUCAGACACCUCCAUGAUCCUGAAUGGUGAAGCGACCGUAUCCGUGUCCUCGUCACAACUAACUGCCGUCACCGCUCUUGAUAUUGAUUCUGAUGUCUGAUGCCCUCCUGUCCCCCCAAUGCCCUCUGCCCCCCCCACCCCCUGUUUCCCCUCGCCCCAUGCCCCUUCCCCAUCCCCCGCACCCCCCUCUCCAACCCAGUCUGUCCCCUGGCGAAUGUGCACUAACUAAACGAGUUGAUAGCUUAUGACGUCACGGUUGUUCAAGGGACGGAGAAUCAUUCUCGCCAAUAGUGGUUACAGUUUGUAAAGUAUUUGUGCCACGACGUGAUGGAAUCAGGCGCUCGUCAAUUUUUGGGCAUGUGGAGUUAUUGAUAGCUUCUGAAAGCUUAAUCAGUUGCCUAGCUUUCAAUGUACAAAAUAUCCAUGAAGCUUGAAUUGAAGUCGAGAUAUUUGCAAUUGAAGGGGGGUGGGUUUCACUCGUAAAAUUAAUGGGGAAGAUGGUCGCCAAAGUUUGGUAACUUCAAUAGCUUAAGAGUCGUUGAAAUUUGAAAAUUACAUAUUUUGUGCC